AUGCAAGACAGAUACCACUUUUGGGUACAAAUGGCACAGGCAGACCAAACAUCCAUUUCAGCCUGGGAAACAGCCAUACACACCGCAGCAGGCCGAUGUUCGUUCGAUCCAAAUGCUGACGAAUUAAUGAGGGACAAGUUUCUCUUUGGCCUCAACGAAUCCUUCAGUCGAUUCAGAGAAGACAUCUUCUAUAGGGAUGGGCAACGCAAACCCAAAAAUCCUCCUUUCACACUAGCUUUUGUGGUGAGUCAAGCCAUGUCUUUUGAAGCCGCCCAACAGACAAACAAACUCUUAGCCCAUUCUUCUAUAGAGGAACAAGUCAUUAUGCCACAUCCACAACACCAGCCAGAAAUUCUCAACGGCCACCUAACAGACCAAACAGACCAAACAGCAAGUCUUGCUUCUUCUGUGGCAGCAAAACUCAGCACCCACGUGACAUAUGCCAGGCCCAAGGACAAACAUGCAGCUACUGCCAGAAACAGGGCCUUUUUUCAAGCGUCUGCCAACAGGCCAUCAGAGAUCAGCGAUCCUCCAGACCACCGGCCAAAAAGCCCAUCAUACCACAUCCCAGAUGAGAACACGUCCGCAUGGUAG